GUGGCUCCGCCACUGCCCCCACAAGUCAAUUUCCCCUUGGUUAGAUGCACCCACGCUGGUCGACGCUUCCAGUAGGUCUAUCUCUGGAGAUCCAUUUUCUCUUUUUAGUCGAUUUCCCGAAGGUGAUCUCGUGACCUUUGUCUAUUACUCCUUUUUUACUGAACAUUCUAUCAGCCAACUCAAUCUUAUUAAAAAUAGUCAAUUGACUCUUUCCUCUCGGUUCUGAUCUGGUCGCGCAGAGCCAAAACUGAGGUUAAACGGAAAGGUCGCUCAUAUGUGACUCAUCAGCUCAUCUCUCCAUCAAAUUGAAAUACUCCAUAUCUAUCUGCUACGCGGCCCAAGGCUUUAUGCACUCUAUAUUCAAUUGCUAAUCUGUUUCGGUUUUUCCCUGUCAAAUCGGUUUACGGUAUGCAUUUUGUCGACAGUUACUGAAGAAUGGCGGCAUCUGCAAUCAAAGCUGGUGCGCUGGUAAUGUUACAAGAGUUGAAUCCCUCUUCUCCGUUCUUUAAGCAAGGGGCCUCACUCAGAGUCACCGGGAAGCUACAAGAUUAUGAUGUCCAGACGGCAUGUGCAGUAGUUGUUGAUGGGAAUGCCUCUUUAAAGAUAGACACACAGCACUUGAAUGUCAAUAUUCGCCCUGGUUCCAUCUACCAAUUCAUUGGAGAACUGCAUAUUGAUCCCAGUAAUGAGGCGAUCUUGAAAGCACGAGUAGGAAGAAAUGUGGAUGGCAUGGACCUUAAUCUCUAUCAUCAGUCAUUGCAACUCUUGAGAAAUUUCAUGGAUGAACAAACACUUAGCCGCACACAAUAGGUCAAUGCUCUUGUUACUCUGGCAAUGUUACUAAUGGAAACGUUACAACACUUACCGUUUUUAUUUACUAAAUAUAGAAGUAAAAUGUUUAUUGUAGUUAUUGAAACGAGGCUUGGAUGAUGUUCUUGUUGAGUUUAUUGAUAUGAGGUAGACGCCUAGCUAUCAAAACAAGAGUUUUCAUGAAUAGGCUGAUAUUUGGGAGGGUUAUGUAUACUUUAAAGGGUUAUGGACUUAUGGGUACUUAGACCUCGGAUUCAAAUUUAUCAUCCAAUGCAAUGCCUUCUCAAUGGAGCUGCCUAAUAAUACUUGUCUAGAUUGGGUUGCAUGUUAA